AUGAAGCAUCUCGCUGCAUAUCUUUUGCUAGAUGCUGCUGGCAAGAAACCUUCUGCAAAAGACAUUAAAAAGCUCUUGCAAUCAGUCGGUAUAGAGGCCGACAAUGACAAAUUAAACGCUCUACUUACGGAAUUGGAAGGCAAAAACAUCAACGAGUUAAUCGCUGAGGGCCAAGCUAAAUUGGCGUCUGUACCCACUGGCGGCGUUGCUGUUUCUGGAGGUGCCACUGGGGGAGAUGGUGGUGGUGCAUCUGGUGGAGGAGAAACAGCUCCAACCGAAGAAGCAAAGGAGGAAGAGGAAGAAUCUGAUGGGGAUAUGGGAUUCGGUCUCUUCGAUUAA